AUAACUAAUAAGUAACUGCUCUGAUAAUGGACAUACACCCUAAAAAAGGACAACGAGAACCGAGUCAGUCAACCAGAAACAUGGACCAGGACCCAGCAGAGACCACGGCAGCGACAACGGCCUCUCACAUCUUUCAAACCGGAGACGCGGGUCAGAUUCAACCGCUGGGCUGGACCGGAAAUGGGUCCAAGACUAGUGAAUACUACGCGGCCUCGGUUGGAGAGUGUUAUGAAGUUGAAGAAGGAAAGCUGCCACCCGUAUCAAGAUGUGUUAACAGAUUACCGCAUUAUCAAGAUGUUUCCGCGGAGGUGAGGGGCAGAGGGAGGACUAAUGAAACUGUCACUGCAGGUUCGAGUCAGGCAGCAGGAGGUUCCCAGGUCAGUGCUGUGAAGCUGCAGCCAUCUGGGGAACACAUCGUCCUGCCGCAGGUCACAGAGAGGCUGGAGAAGCCACAGGCCAGUUCAGCUGUGGAUCCUCUGAACCCAGAUCCAGUCCACCUCUCCCUAACCUCACCCAGACUCGAAGAUGAUAGUCCAGUCAUCAGUUUUACCAUCCCGCCAACGGAGGAAGAUAUGAAGCAGUUGCAGUCUGGCCCAGACAAGAAUGGACACAUUAAACGGCCACCGAAUGCCUUCAUCGUUUGGUCUAGCAUCCACCGAUGGGCCCUGCGCAAAUCCUGCCCUGGAGCCCACAUGACAGACGUCAGUAUUUUGCUGGGCUGUGAGUGGUCCAAGCUCAGCGACGAGCAGAAAAGGCCCUACUAUGAAAUGGCUCGCAAACUGCAAUACGUGCACAGACAGCAAUUCCCUGAUUAUGAGUUUCACCCCCAGAGGAAGAAAGACACCGAGUGUUUGUCCUCGGAGCAGGGAGCAGGACAGGACCCAGGUGUUUCCUUCUCACAGGCCAUGCCUCCAGCUCACUCCGAGUUGCAUGGACCCCGUAUGGACCCAUAUCCCUCCAUGAUGCUCUGCAGAGUGGGCUACUAUCCUUACUCGCCUUUUUUCCACUGUCAUCAAACGGGCCUCUACCCCAGGGUCCAGAUACACCGUUCAAGAUACCCAAAUGCCAGCAGCUCCACGGAAGAAGUGAGGAAUUACCACAAAACUCACGAGACCGCAUCAAAGAGCCUUAAGCAGCCUUAUAUUUUCACCAGCCAGCAGCUUUUGGCCAACAGCAAAGUGGAGAGUAAGUGUGGGGAUGAUGAUGACGUUGAUGUUGUUGUUGUAGGACAGAUCUAGGAGAUGUUCAGCACACAAGGCAACACUGGCACCAAUAUUUAGGCAGACAAUCUUGUCCAAAUAUAGGAUUUAGAAUAAGCACAUUCAAACUCGUUAUAAGUUAGGAGCUAGAUAUUAUCAAAAAAAAAAAAAAAAGAAUGAAUACAGGACAUCCAACAACAAUGCAGUAGUGUUUCCACUGUGGUAGACAAUUACCAGUUGUGGAAGAAGUAUUCAGAUCCUUUACUUCAGUAAAAGUACUAAUACCAUAUUGUGAAAAUACUCCACUGCAAGUAAAAGUCCAGUAUUCAAAACCUUACUUUUGUUUUGUUUUACGAUAAAACAAACACAGACAAAAGACAUUUGCUAAAACAAAUAAGAUAAGAAAACCUUAUUGUCCAUUACUUCACUUGAAAUGGAUGUAUUGUUGGCAUUCUGGCAACACAGUGUAAAAGAGACAGUAAGAAUACAUACAACACAGUAAGGGGCAGCUAAAGUGCAUACAAUUACAUUUUCACCAGUGGCAGUGCUCUUGGACUGUGUGUGUGUGUGUGUGUGUGUGUGUGUGUGUGUGUGUGUGUGUGUGU